UUCCAAGUCCUCCGUUCGCUUUUUAAAUCUAUCUACGAAGCCACUUGAAUUUCUUUUGUCUUUAAGGGCAAAUUUGUAGAGUUUUAAAUUUGACGUGGCGGCGAAUUUAGGUUUUUGUAUUCAUGGUCGUACAGAAAGAUGGAAAGCAAUGAGAAUGCACGCUCUUGGAAUGAUCCUCCUCAACUGGGUUUUACUGAAGCUGCAGGACAAAGAACAAAAAGAAAUUUGCUAACUAAGCGAGUUCCUUUUCCACUGAGUGAAUUGCCACAGUCUACUAAGCAGCAAAGUUUUCCUGUUGGUGAACAAAAAUGUGAUAUUGAUGCUGUUAAAAUUUUUAAUACUGAGAAAAUUACUUUUGCUCCUGAUAUCAAAGAGAAUGCUGAUGUUGAUAAAAAUGUGAAAGAAGAGUCAUCACAUUCUAGCUUAAAUAUUAAUGAGUCUGAUGAAGAAAUAUUAGCUUUUGUAACUACAACAUUGAAAAAUAUUUUGCUAGAAAAUGCAGAAAAAUGUGAGACCAUGAAGGAAAUAGAUCAUAGACUAGACAUAAUGCAGAGAUCCUGGAAUUCAACAAUUAGUAAAGAAGUGAAGAACAUGAUGUUCAAAUUAGCAAAAGAAUUAUCCAGGGGAAAUGUUGAUGCUGCAUCCAAAGUACAUUGCAUUUUAAUCGUUGAACAUGUGCGGGAAGUUAAACAAUGGAUGGUUGGUGUGAAACACAUAAUUGAAAUUGAGAAGCAGAAACAGAAUCUUCAAAGUUGAAUUUCUGCUUGGAAGUGAUAUGAACUUUGAAUAUUUCAAUUUGUUUCUGAUGUGAUAAAAGUUAUCGCAAAAGUUUUUAGAUAAAAUUUUGUAAAUAUGUCAUCUUUCUUCUUAUUUAAUGUACAGUGUUAAAAUUGUAUGUUGAUUAUGUAUUACUUUCAGUGUGCAUCACUUUUAUUUAUACUGAAAUAAAGUAUUUAUCUUGAAAA